AGAAAUCUGAGACUGAGGUCUCCCCUGAUCGUUCGUGGCAUCCAUCUCGAUCUCCCGCUGCAAUUUAUAUCAACAUUUUCUUUUCAAACUCAAAUCAAUAUGGAUCACGCGCGCUUGGGAUCCUUUUGAUGUGAAGGUGACAAAAGUCAUAUAGCUUAUGUUUGCUUCAACUAGUGCCUCUGCCUGCGUCCAUGUGGUUGUAAUUAUUGCUUGCACUCGACAGGGACACCCACUUUCUACAGAUUUUACUCUUGCUGAAAGAAAUAUUCCUCCGGAAGAAAACAUGUUCAACGGAACGAACAUCCUCGUCAUGAUAAAGGCCGCACAGGUCCUGGAACACCGUGUGCGCGAGAGCGCAGACACUUGGAUGCAAGAUUUCGUGUUGGAGGAUGCUGGCAUGGCUGGGACACCUGUAAAAAUGGAGGAGCACGGUGUCCACUCCGCGGCUGCCGGAGUAUCAACUGCGUCACCAUUUUCUUCUUCAAGCGUCGUCCUUUCCACCGACGAGCCGCUAUUUUCCAUCGAAGCCCCGCACGAGCAGCUGAUCUCCCCAAGCUGGCCGAACGGCACCGAGCGGGUAAUUCGGCGGUUCUGCCAACAGAACAGCCUGUGCUACCGCUACCAAGUGGCGUGCUGGUCGCAUCUCUGGAACUUCUUCGAGGUGAUUCAGAAGUACUUUGUCACAAUCAUAGCACCGUCGUUCAACUGGCUUUUGGUAGUCGAUGACGACACCUACGUUUUCCGUAAACCGCUGGAAGAAAUGGUGGGGAAAAUGGAGGGGAACUACGUUUCGUUGGCAGGAAGAAAACCAAGAACAGCAACUACACCCUCCAUUUCAUCCGAAACAACCACUUUUCAUCAAAUCUACGCCGGGUCCCUCCAGGGCACGCGGACGCCGCUCGUGAAGCAAAUCGCCUCUACAGCAGCGGGGGCGCUGUUUUCCAGAGACCUGCUGCUAGCGAUUUUCGAGAAGUGGAAGGAGAAAGUCAACGGCGAGAAGCAUCUUCACGAAGAACAGAUCCUGCACGUUUGCAGGGCGUACGGACAGGGGGACGACACGGCGAUGGGUGGCUUGGCGUUGCAAUUCGCAAAUCUCACUGGGUUGCCAAAUAUGCACCGGACCUGUCCUCCGGAGGGCAGAGAGAAAGAGUUGGUGAGGGAAAAGAGCCGCUACGAAGAAAACGGGGUGGAGCGCUUGAGUAUAGAUCGAAGCCUAUCCUUCGGUUGGGCUCCCGCCACUGCGCAUUGCUGCUUGCGGACGCAAACGGUGAACCAGUUUUGGAAAGAAGCGGAACUUUUGGAGGCGGGACGGAGCAAGAAUCGGAAGCACGGGGUCCUGGAGAAAGGGAAGAAGCUGAACUGUUGGCAGAAAUGGAGGCAGUUUCAAUCAAAGUACGGUUUGUUGUAAAAACAGCAAAUAAGAAAUUUAGAGAGCUAAACAUUCAAAGUUGAUGUACUUCGGCGUCAAUUUGUUACAGUGACGGGGUGCGAGAAAACAAGCGCGCCUGCUGCUGCCUGUAUGAUUUUUGUUGUGUCGUGUGUCUAUGGUCGCACCGUACUACUUCAGUAUCGAAAUCGAAUUGCUCGACGCAAAAUAAAGAUUUUGUAGAAGCCAACAUGUUCAUCUUUCAGGUCACGUCAU